GGACAAGCAAAUAUAAAAAACACUCAGUUCUAAGAGAGGCUCAGCAGAGAAUCCCCUCAGGAGUUCAAGCUUGAUUUUUAUCUAUGUGCCUCGGUCUCUACACAAAGGGUUGAAAACCAGAGCCUGUACUGCAUUCUUGCUUCAAGCAGAAUGAAAGCUCCUAAACUCCUCUCUCUGGGCUAUACCUUCUUGGCCCUGCUUUUUUUCCAGCCGGCCUGGGCUCAAUUCCCAAGACAGUGUGUCACCAUCGAGGCUUUGAGAAAUGGCGUGUGUUGCCCAGACCUGUUCCCACUGUCUGGGCCUGGGACUGACCGCUGUGGCUCCUCAUCAGGAAGGGGCAGGUGUGAAGUGGUGACAGCUGACUCCCGACCCCACGGCCCCCAGUACCCACACGAUGGCAGAGAUGACCGAGAGGGCUGGCCCACGCGCUUCUUCAACAGGACAUGUCACUGCAUUGGCAAUUUCUCAGGAUACAACUGUGGAACCUGCCGUCCUGGAUGGAGAGGAGCUGCCUGUGACCAGAGGGUUCUCGUAGUCAGGAGAAACCUACUGGGCUUAAGUACAGAAGAAAAGAACCGCUUUAUCCGGGCCCUGGAUAUGGCAAAGCGCACCAUUCACCCUCAGUUUGUCAUUGCCACCAAGAGAUCAGAAGAAAUAUUGGGGCCAGAUGGCAACACACCACAAUUUGAGAACAUUUCCAUUUAUAACUUCUUUGUUUGGACGCACUACUACUCAGUCAAAAAGACUUUUCUGGGGGCAGGACAGGAAAGCUUUGGUGAAGUGGAUUUCUCUCAUGAGGGACCAGCGUUUCUCACAUGGCAUAGGUACCACCUGCUGCAGCUGGAGAGAGACAUGCAGGAAAUGUUGCAGGAUCCUUCUUUCUCCCUUCCUUACUGGAAUUUUGCCACCGGGAAGAACAUCUGUGACAUUUGCACCGAUGACUUGAUGGGAUCAAGAAGCAACUUCGAUUCCACUCUUAUAAGCCCGAACUCCGUCUUUUCUCAAUGGCGAGUGGUCUGUGAAUCCUUGGAAGAUUAUGAUACCCUGGGAACCCUUUGUAACAGCACUGAGGGUAGGCCAAUUAGGAGAAAUCCAGCUGGAAAUGUGGCUAGACCAAUGGUGCAACGUCUUCCUGAACCACAGGAUGUCACUCAGUGCUUGGAAGUUGGUUUAUUUGACACGCCUCCUUUUUAUUCCACUUCUACGAACAGUUUCCGAAAUACAGUGGAAGGUUACAGUGAUCCCACAGGAAGGUAUGACCCUGCUGUGCGAAGCCUUCACAAUUUGGCUCAUCUAUUCCUGAAUGGAACCGGGGGGCAAACUCAUUUAUCUCCCAAUGAUCCUAUUUUUGUCCUCCUACAUACUUUCACUGAUGCAGUCUUUGAUGAAUGGCUGAGGAGAUAUAAUGCUGAUAUAUCCACAUUUCCAUUGGAAAAUGCCCCUAUUGGACAUAACAGACAAUACAAUAUGGUACCAUUUUGGCCUCCAAUUACCAACAUGGAAAUGUUUGUUACUGCUCCAGACAACCUGGGAUACACUUAUGAAGUUCAAUGGCCAAAAUCUUGAAAACUUAACUCUUCCCGACAACCUCUUUAAAAACUAGUUUGGCAAAAAAGAAUUCAUGCUCCAAAGUUAAAUCUCGUGGUUCAUGAAGGCACGUUGCACACUGGUUUCCAACUGAACGCUCUCAUCCCACUGCCAUCGAGGGGCAUGUCACAGCUAAUUAUCUGUCAUCACGCCCUGUUGCAUAGGCAGUACCUUGCCUGCUGCUGCUGGGACCUCGCUGCUGUCUGUUGAUUCAUUUGCAUUGCCUCCUGAGUGUCUCUGCUGUGUAUGGAUCACACAGAAUGAAGCCCAGGGGCCAACUGGCAGGCCCAUCUGAAUUGUGGAACAUAUCUAAAGCCCCUCCUCAUUACUUAGUGAGUAAUGCGGGGGAUGUUCACUGGUUCACACACCCUGGCAACGUAAACGGUCAUCUGCUGCCUCAUCUGCUUUUCCGCGUCUAGGGUGCAGGACCAGAUCGGCUGAGGAACUUUGCUAGCACUUAUGCAAAUAGCUAUGGGAGUUCCUGGGUUUGGCAACAUUUCCUUUCAGUAGCCUCAUUUGUGGCUGCACCGUCUGCCUCUUUUGUGCUUCCACAACUUUGUGAGGCGA